UUGAGCCUACACAGGCGUGGAGGUGCCCCGUUUCAGACGAGGGUGAGAGACCAAAGGCUAAGGAUGACUCUGCCUCUUUUACUUGUACAGACAAGAAUGUUUCCCGGUGACUCUUCGUAUAACCCGCAGCGGAGGGGAUGGGAAAGACUUGUGUAGCUCUUCCAACCUAUGCCGCGUAAGAAUGUCGGAGACAUUAUAGAGUUUGACUGGCAUGGAAGACAACAAACUUGAGAUUACCAAAAUGUGAAUACAAAAGAUAAAUCAAGAAAAAGAUCUCGACAUGGAAUAGCUGUGAGAAGAAAUCCUUGACAAUGCUUUUCUGUGGGUUUUAUAAAGCCAUCCGAUGCACUCUGGUAAACUGUAGCUGCCAGUGUUUUAAGACUGGAAAAAUAAACCAACGACUUUGUGAUCAGUGUCGGCAUGGAUGGGUAGCUCAUGCUUUAAGUAAACUACGGAUCCCAACCUUGUACCCAACCAGCCAAGUGGAAAUAGUCCAAUCCAAUGUGGUCUUUGAUAUAAGCAGCCUCAUGCUGUAUGGAACUCAGGCCGUUCCUGUCCGUCUCAAAAUCCUCCUAGAUCGUCUUUUCAGUGUCUUGAAGCAAGAAGAGGUCAUACACAUCCUCCAUGCUCUGGACUGGACACUUCAGGACUACAUCCGGGGUUAUGUUUUACAGGAUGCUUCAGGAAAAGUCCUGGAUCACUGGAGUAUCAUGUCCAGCGAAGAAGAGCUGGCUACCUUGCAGCAGUUUCUACGUUUUGGGGAAACCAAGUCCAUUGUGGAGCUGAUGGCCAUUCAGGAGAAAGAAGGGCAAUCCAUCACUGUCCCCACGACCACAGCCAGUAUGGAUAUUAGAGCCUUCAUCGAAAGCUGCAAUCAGAGAAACUCCAACCUUUCCACUUCUUUAGACAAAAUGCACCCCAUCCACGUCCAUCACUUUGAAAAUGUGGUCAACAACAUGGCGUUUAUGUUGCCGUUUCAGUUUUACAGCCCCGUUCCUCCACCUCUGAUUGGUUCGCUCCCAGAGAGGCUCUUGAUGGAGCCCUCUCAAGAUCACAGCCCUGACUUAAAACAAGACAACUACAUGCCGUUGGCUGAAAACGGCUUCUUAACUUCCAGUCCGUCGUUUCACCCAGAAAAGGAGAAGGGGACCAUCAGCCCGGACCUCCCUUUGAAACUGAAAGAGGACGUUUCACCGAGGGGUUUGAAAACUCAGACCGUGUCCUCCAAGCUGGAAACAAGCCAGGUAUCUCAAGAAACUAAGAUGAAGUCCGUUGACAAAAACGGGGCCGGAAUAAGGAAAGGGCGCGUUUUCUGCACGGCCUGCGAGAAGACCUUUUACGAUAAGGGCACUCUGAAGAUCCACUACAACGCCGUCCAUCUGAAAAUCAAGCAUAAAUGCACCAUCGAAGGCUGCAACAUGGUCUUCAGCUCGUUGAGGAGCCGAAACCGUCACAGUGCCAACCCCAACCCCAGACUACACAUGCCCAUGAACCGCAACAACCGGGAUAAAGAUCUCCGCAACGGGUUGUCCCUCCGAGGUCUGGAGGAGAACAAAAGGACCGAUUUUACCCUUUUGCCUCCCGAUCACAGAUCAGUUCCGAUCUAUGGGAGUUCUGGUACCGAGGCCAAAAUCCAGCCGGGUUUUCACCCCAGCGGACACAACGGUGUCCUCUUCCCCAAUUUGAAGACGGUGCAACCAGUGCUUCCCUUCUACCGCAGCCCGGUCACCCCGGCCGAAAUUGCAAACACACCAGGUACGCUUCCUUCUCUACCUCUGGUUUCCUCGUCGGUACCUGAACCGCAGGGGUCCAGCGAGUUGCCCUUUGACCCAUUGCCUAAGAAAAAAUCCCGUAAGUCUAGCAUGCCCAUCAAGAUAGAGACAGAAGCCGUUGACACCACUAGCCCAGCUAACGAAGUGGCCAGUUCGGAAGAUGAUGGGACUUCAAAGGCGGUAAGUGAAGGGCCUGUGGAGAUGGGGGUGUCUAGGAUAGAAAAAAAUGCCAAUCAUCUCAUGGAAAAGCAGACGCACUCAGAGGCGUUGGGGACGUCCGUUUCCAAGGUUGGAGGGCUCAAAACGUUGCAGGCUGUCGAGGCAGAUAACCAGUGCGCUGCAAUGGACCAACUGCAUAAGCCGGACCAAGACCCAUCGCUGAGAAUAGCCUCUUGCGAGCGUGCAGCCGAAGCACCCAACCAAUGCCACGAUGUGACCAAAGCAGCACCUGAGCCCUACAGCUACCUUAGAGAACCAUUGAAUUACAGGAUCCCAAUGAACAGCUGGCCCGAACUGCAUUACCACUUGUUGAGUGGAAGCAGUUUCAGCACGCUAUCCAACCGGAGUCUGGCUCUUCCUGAGUUUGAAGCAUGCAAAGAGAUGGAACACGGCCCUCCCCAGGCCCUGGGCCUUCCGCAGGAAGACGCCCGCUUUCGUUGCGACAUCUGCCUGAAGACCUUUAAAAACCCUUACAGUGUCAAAAUGCAUUUUAAAAACGUGCAUCUCAAAGAAAUGCACACUUGCGUUGUGGAGGGAUGCAAUGCCGCGUUUCCCUCGCGUAGAAGCCGAGACAGACACAGCUCCAAUUUAAACCUUCACCAUAAACUUUUAACGAAAGAUCCUUUGGACAUCAACAAGAACCAUUUCAACGCGAUCGAUCUCUUGAAGGACAUGGCCAAAGACGUCUGCCCAGAAGCCUGCCUGAAAGGACAUCUGGAGCAACACACCUCGGUCAUUUUCAAAAGCACAAACAGAACUGGUAGCUUGGUUUUCCCAAUGAGCAAGAUCGCACAAGGCUGUCCCGAGAGCUUCGGGCACGACCCCAACGAGGGGGCCAUUCUGGAUUUAAGCACCACGUCUAGCGUUAAAUCCGAGAGCGGAACUCGCUCCUCCUGGGAUUCGGAUGGAGGCAACGAAGAGGACAGCAACGAAAGCUGUGAAAGUCUUUGCUUGACACCCAAUGAAGAACUUUACCAAGACUGUUGUCCGGUGGAAGCCUCUAACCCGAAUUUCCCAACCGCACCUUCCUGCCUGCCAAUCACCUGUCACCUCUGCCAAAAAAGCUACAGCAAUAAAGGAACGUUCCGAGCCCAUUACAAAACCGUGCACCUACGUCAGCUGCACAAAUGCAAAAUCCCGGGCUGCAACACAAUGUUUUCUUCCGUUCGUAGCAGGAACCGACACAGCCAAAAUCCCAAUUUACACAAGAGUUUGAGCAGGUCGUCCCACAGCCCUCUGUAACAAUAGCUCAGUAUUUCAGUUGCUGUGUUGUGUUCUAUUUAUCAGUUCAGCUUCUUCUUCUUCUUCUUCGUUGCUGUUAAGUAUUAGAAAGAGGCACAGUUUCACUUGCUUGUCCGUACACCCUGUUCAAAAUAUGAGGUGCAAUUCCAUUCUCGUUCCAAUAUGCACCCACCUCAGUGGGUUAGGUUUUUUGCAUACUGUAAACGUGGACUCCACUAUAAUAUAAACGAGAUACAAAGCUAGCCCACAAAAUGAGUCAGGGUUUUUUUUCCCCCUCUUCACUCUUCCGUUAUAAAACUAAGUCCACCUGGUGACACCAAUAUUUUGCAUUUGACGCCCAGAUGCCAUUUUGGGCACCAGUCCUGUCUUUUAUUUUAAUGCGUAGCUCCUCCUUCCAGCUGACUUGACAGUAUUAAAUUAAUGCGGCAAUUUCUCCAUAAUUUAUUAUUGUAUGCCUGGGGAACAGAAAGGUGGCAGAUUUAAGAAAAACUGUAGCAUUUGAUUCUGGAGUCCUUGGUGGCAGUAGAAAUUCUGUUUGAAGAAGACCCGUUGUUGGGUUCUGCUCUGCUCCAUGGCUUUUGUAGACUGUUCCCACCACAUUUGAAAACAGGACAAUUCCUUAGGUUUUCUUCUCUAUGUGAAGGUCAGAGUUGGCUUCAAGAUGGACCUAUGAACUGCCAGAUGCUAAAGCCACUCAGCAGUUCUUGGGUGUCUCUUGAAACUUACUUCCAAGCAACCAGGGGUGGGUUUCAAAUUUUUUUACUACCGGUUCUGUGGGUGUGGCGUGGCUUGGUGGGCAUGGCAGGGGAAGGACACUGUAAAAUCUCCAUUCCCACCCCACUCCAGGGGAAGGAUACUGUAAAAUCUCCAUUCCCUCCCCAAUCCAGGGGAAGGAUACUUCAAAAUCCCCAUUUCCUCCCGAUCAGUGAGGCAGAGAAUAGAUGGGGGGAGAGGCCAGUCAGAAUUUUUACUACCGGUUCUCCGAACUACUCAAAAUUUCCACUACCUGUUCUCCAGAACUGGUCAGAACCUGCUGAAACCCACCUCUGCAAGCAACCCCGUAUUUUUCUUUGCAAGGAAACAAACCCUAGAAAACAAUCCAAGUUCUUUUUUUUUUAUUUUUUAUUUGGUGAUUAUUUUGGAAAGACUCUCCAUUGACUUUUGAGAUCAUAGCAUGAAUUAUAUGCAGGACCAGCGACACCUGAGAUGCAUUCAGACAUUUUGAACCACAUGUAAGACAUUUUGAAAUGCAAUGUAUAGUUUUUUACUGCACUUUUUUUUAUUGCUACGUUGAGCAAAAUUAAAUCCUGGGCAGGGGGUGGGGAAUGAAUUCAACAUUUUCCAGAAUUCAGCAGGAAGCGACCCAAAACAGGGUGGAUCUAUGAAUAUGAAUAGAUAUCUACCUGUUAUGUUGAUGUACAUAACAGGCGGGCUGGGCAGAAGGCCGAUAUUUUAUGACGACUUUAAUAAGAAUCUUCCACUGACUUGGAUGAUGUUCUGUUUUGUAUUAGCACAUUAUUUAGUAUAAAUGAAUAAUAUUCCGCAUCCUGGUCAUUAUGCACAUCACUUUGGUGUUACGUCUUAUGCACUUAAUGACAUGGGAAUUGGUCUUACAUUUUAUCGAAAGAACACUUUUGUUCUAAUUAAUUUCCAAUCAGGCGAUAUGCAUUCCUGGGGUUGUGUACGCCACGUGCAAAUAUGUUUGGUGAAAUAACUAUGAGCAAUGAAAGCAAUUCAAUUUUUUUUUUUAAUCACUAGACCUUUGAAUGAUAUAUAUUUAUAUCAUGGGUUGACCCAUUGUAUUCAGCAAGCAUGAUGCCAAGGGCACAUUAAGUACAUAUGAUACCAAAAUCAUUCCAAUUCUUUUUGUUUGUUUCUUUGACAUGAGAUCUCUCUUUUUAUUUGUUGUCGUCGUGUUGUAUAAUGUCUGAAUAAUAUUAAGUUAAACAAAAAUAGUUUUUUUUUUUUUUUUAUUUGGUUAUUAUUUUGGAAAGACUCUCCAUUGACUUUUGAGAUCAUCGCAUGAAUUAUAUGCAGGACCAGCGACACCUGAGAUGCAUUCAGACAUUUUGAACCACAUGUAAGACAUUUUGAAAUGCAAUGUAUAGUUUUUUACUGCACUUUUUUUUAUUGCUACGUUGAGCAAAAUUAAAUCCUGGGCAGGGGGUGGGGAAUGAAUUCAACAUUUUCCAGAAUUCAGCAGGAAGCGACCCAAAACAGGGUGGAUCUAUGAAUAUGAAUAGAUAUCUACCUGUUAUGUUGAUGUACAUAACAGGCGGGCUGGGCAGAAGGCCGAUAUUUUAUGACGACUUUAAUAAGAAUCUUCCACUGACUUGGAUGAUGUUCUGUUUUGUAUUAGCACAUUAUUUAGUAUAAAUGAAUAAUAUUCCGCAUCCUGGUCAUUAUGCACAUCACUUUGGUGUUACGUCUUAUGCACUUAAUGACAUGGGAAUUGGUCUUACAUUUUAUCGAAAGAACACUUUUGUUCUAAUUAAUUUCCAAUCAGGCGAUAUGCAUUCCUGGGGUUGUGUACGCCACGUGCAAAUAUGUUUGGUGAAAUAACUAUGAGCAAUGAAAGCAAUUCAAUUUUUUUUUUAAUCACUAGACCUUUGAAUGAUAUAUAUUUAUAUCAUGGGUUGACCCAUUGUAUUCAGCAAGCAUGAUGCCAAGGGCACAUUAAGUACAUAUGAUACCAAAAUCAUUCCAAUUCUUUUUGUUUGUUUCUUUGACAUGAGAUCUCUCUUUUUCCAGUUGGCUACAUUUGAAAACCUGUUAUUUGUUGUCGUCGUGUUAUAUAAUGUCUGAAUAAUAUUAAGUUAAACAAAAAUAGUUUUUUUUUUACAUUGCAGAUCAGAUAAACAGGGCAAGGUAAUCUAUCUUGGAUACUCAGUGAUUAAUUUAUUCUAAACCAGAAAGUGUGUACUAUCCCAUAAAACCCAGUUGCACUCAGUUGCAUUAUUCUUGCUCCGACGUGUAAAGGUUGCAGAUCCAGUCUAAGCUUUAUUUUAAAAAAAAAAAAGUCUAAUCAACACUUAGAUUGGGUGGGGGCUCCAGAUACGUAAGGAAGGGGACUGUUCGUAUUAGCAGCUGAGCAAUUUCCAAAGAAAUGGUCAGUUAUAAACUGAUUCCUUCAAACCAAAUUGGAUUUGUGCACUGAUUCCAAGAUGAGAUUUUGAAGACUGGAUAAGAGAAAACAAUGAGAUGUUAAACCUUGGCAACUUUAGAAUCUAUUCUGUUCUAUUCUAUUCUAUUCUAUUCUAUUCUAUUCUAUUCUAUUCUAUUAUAGACUUGUGGAAUUCCCCGGGCUGGCUUGGGAAUUCUGGGAGUUGAAGUCCAUAAGUCUUAAGUUGGCCAUGGUUGGACACGCCUACUUUAUCGUGUGGAUCCAAUAUGCUUAAAUCCAAAGACUGUUUUGUGUAUUUUGGAUGGAAAUUCAUCCAAGACUUGAAGAUCCUAAUGUUGCAGCAGCAUUGAUAUUGACAUGAAGGUUGAACGGAAUGAGUGAAUAAGCCAGGUUAGCAGAAGCCACAAGGGAAGAGUUGGGACUUGCAACAGGGUUAAUAACAUUGGCAGGUCUCUUCCCCAUUCCCGCGGGUUUUGUUAUAAAUAAGAACAUCUUUUUAAAAAGGAGCAGAUACUGUGGAUUCUGUAGAAUUUCAGGCCUUCUCUCCUGCAAGUGAGCAAAAGGAGGUCUUGGAAGUUACUCAGGAAAGCUCAAAUGAUCAGCCUGACUAGGUGGCUCAGUGGCUAAGACACUGAGCUUGUCAAUCAGAAAGUUCGGUGGUUCAAAUCCCUAGUACAGGUCUCCUGUGUGAGCAGGGGGUUGGACUAGAUCAGGGGUCUCCAGCCUUGGUCCCUUUAAGACUUGUGGACUUCAACUCCCAGAGUCCCUCAGCCAGCAAAACUGGCUGAGGAACUCUUGGAGUUUAAGUCCACAAGUCUUAAAGGGACCAAGGUUGGAGACCCUUGGAUUGGAUGACCUCCAAGGUCCCUUCCAACUCUGUUACCGAUGAGAAUCCUCUUCAUAAACUUUGAGAGCAUUGCCAUAAAGUGGUGUGAAGAUGUAGUAAAACCAGUCUGAAUAGAAUGGGCAGUGGCCAGGUUGAUGCCAUUCCUGUUUAAAUAUGCCAAGCUAUGCACAGAUUUUCAUCAGUGCUCACAGACUAAAUCAGGGGUCUUGGCUCCUUUAAGACCUGUAGACUUCAACUCUCAUAGUUCCUGGGAGUUGAAGUCUGAGUUCGGUUGAAGAACUCUGGGAGUUGAAGUCUACAAGUCUUAAAGGAGCCAAGUUUGCAGACCCCUGGACUAAAUGAAGCAAAACCAGUUAACAUUUGUGCUGUAAAUAGGGUGUAGCCGUACCAUGCACCAAGGGUACCUAAAAAAAAAAUCUCAGGGAAACAAAGCUCAUUGUCAAGAGGAAGAUAAACCACACACACACUCACACACAAUUUGGCAAUUCUCAACCUGUGAAAAGGGGAUUUCGGGUGACUCUGGUGGAGAACUGUUGCUUUAGCAGAUACUCAACACAACAGCCCUAGUAAACAGAUCUAAAGAACCAGUGUAAGUUGAGUGUAACUACCUACUCAUACUGCAUACAGUUGCUUUAGCAGAUACUCAACACAACAGCCCUAGUGAACAGAUCUAAAGAACCAGUGUAAGUUGAGUGUAACUACCUACUCAUACUGCAUACAGUUGCUUUAGCAGAUACUCAACACAACAGCCCUAGUAAACAGAUCUAAGGAAACGGUGUACGUUGAGUGUAACUACAUACUCAAAGUGUAGUUGUUGUCCGUAGCACUGACAAGAAGUUGGACAGGUUCAACCUGCAUUGUUCUCCUAGGCUGAUGGUUGGACAAAUGGGAUCACAAAGAAAUCACCCAGAGAAAAAGGAAUAAACAGGAUAAAUCUGAAUAAUUUAAAACGUUUUGUUGUAUACAAACAUAGGUAUUCAUUCCAAGGUUGGAUUCCUUUUUUCAGGGUAUGACUUUCGGUUGAAAGACAGUUGGGACAAUCUCAUCUCAUGUUGUUUCGUGAUUAAAAGUAAAAAAAAACUUUCUCCUUUAUUCCUGCCUUACUGAAUCACAUACUCCAAAGAGGAUUGGUACCUCAACCCCCAUGUUGCAACUUCUAAUGACCACAUUGCACCGAUAUGUGCCCCAUCCGUGGUCAAAGUAGCUAGACAUAGAAUUCAAGCCCAUCGUAUCUUUUUCCAUUGAUUUCAACUCUCAUUAAUUUCCCUUGUUGUUGAUGUUGUUGUAAACGUGCUUACUUAAAUUUUAAGAUUUUUUUUUUUGAAAUGCAGUGAAUGAAAUGGGUGUUGUAAGUGAAAGCUGUAUUGCUCCCAUCUUACGUUUUCUUACUAUUCGGCCAAAGUAACGCUGUUUUGUAUUUCUCCAGAAUUUUUAUGUGUUAAUAAAAACGUAUAACACUGUC